AUGGGUAUUGCAAGAGAUUCUCGUCACAAGAGAGCUGCCACUGGUGCCAAGAGAGCUCAAUACAGAAAGAAGAGAAAGUUUGAGUUAGGUAGACAAGGUGCUAACACCAAGAUCGGUCCUAAGAGAAUCCACAGUGUCAGAACUAGAGGUGGUAACUCCAAGUUCAGAGCUAUCAGAAUCGAAACCGGUAACUUCUCGUGGGCUUCUGAGGGUGUUUCUAGAAAGACCAGAAUCAAUGUUGUCGUCUACCACCCAUCCAACAACGAGUUGGUUAGAACUAACACUUUGACCAAGUCUGCCAUUGUCCAGAUCGAUGCUACCCCAUUCAAGCAAUACUACGAAUCCCACUACGGUUUAGUUUUAGGUAAGAAGGGUACCGUUGCUGCUGACGAAACGAAGAGAUCCAAGAGCGUCCAAAAGAAGUUGGCUGCUAGAGCCGACGAAUCCAAGAUCGAAGCCGCUGUUGCUGCUCAAUUCGCUUCUGGUAAAUUGUAUGCUGCAAUCUCUUCCAGACCAGGUCAAUCCGGUAGAUGUGACGGUUACAUUUUAGAAGGUGAGGAAUUAGCUUUCUACUUGAGAAGAUUAACUGCUAAGAAAUAA